AUGAAAGACCUCGGGCCACUUCACUACUUCCUCGGCAUCGCUGUGACGCGCACGGACGACGGGUUCUUCUUGUCGCAACGCAAGUAUGCUGACGAACUCCUCGAGCGUGCCAACAUGCAGACCUGCAAGCCGGCCUCGACGCCCGUAGACACGCGCUCCAAACUGUCAGCUGCGGACGGCGCACCCGUCCCCGACGCCUCAGAGUACCGGAGCAUUGUCGGCGCCCUUCAGUACAUGACCAUGACACGACCGGACAUCGCCUACGCGGUGCAGCAGUGCUGCCUCGUCAUGCACGACCCCCGCGCUCCGCACCUUGCGCUGGCGAAGCGGAUCCUCCGAUAUCUUCGAGGCACCACCACCCACGGACUACAUCUUCGUCCCGCCGCCUCCCUCGACCUCGUCGCCUACUCCGACGCGGACUGGGCGGGCUGCCCGGACACACGCCGCUCCACUUCCGGCUACGCGGUGUACCUCGGCGACGCCCUGGUCUCUUGGUCGUCCAAACGCCAAGCGACCGUGUCUCGCUCCAGCGCAGAAGCCGAGUACCGCGCCGUCGCCAACGCCGUCGCUGAAAGCUGUUGGAUUCGACAACUUCUCGACGAGCUCGCUACACCGCUUCGAAAAGCCAGUGUAGUCUUCUGCGACAACAUCUCCUCCGUCUACAUGGCUGCCAACCCCGUCCACCACCGUCGCACAAAGCACAUCGAGUUGGACAUCCACUUCGUCCGGGAGAAGGUUGCACUCGGUGAACUGCGCGUUCUCCAUGUGCCCACGAGCCAACAGUUCGCCGACGUUCUCACCAAAGGGCUCCCCACACCGGCGUUCGAGGAAUUCCGGUCCAGCUUGUGCAUCCGACCACGGGACGCUCAACCUGCGGCGGGGUGUUAA